GCUGCUGUUUUGUUCCCCCCAGGGUAGCACCUGCUCGUCUCUUACCUGCUUUGGUCUGUGUUGGCCCAGGAGCAGCAGCAGAAUUGCUUCCUCUGCCUGCCAGUUGGCUCCUGAAAUCCAGCACAGCCCAAGUGAGGGGAUUGUUCCCUUUUCAUGGGGGGAAAAAAGCUGCUGAGCAAUUACAGCUUCCCCACUGCACCAUGCCAUGGCUCUGGGAUUGGCUCUCACCAGUGCAGUGGCUGCAGUUCCUGCAAGUUUCACCCUGCUUGGGAUCCAGCAGCUGGACUGGGGUGUGGUGGAUGGUUGGCACGUGCUUCUCUCUCCCUGAUAAUGGCAUUUUUGGCAGGUGGUUUCACCCUGACCUCGCCAUCCUGGCUGGAUUCCAUCGUGAGUGGCCCUCCCUGCUGAAGUACUACAGCCACAGUGACAGUGUCAGCUGGCUGGAGGAGUACAAGGCACGGCACAACGCGGGGCUGGAGGCACAGAGGAUCGUGGCUUCCUUCUCCAAAAGGUUCUUCUCAGAGCAUGUCCCCUGUGAUGGAUUCAGUGACAUUGAGACUCUGGGGUGCCCCAGUCAUUUCUUUGAGGAUGAGCUGAUGUGUAUCCUCAACAUGGAAGGAAGGAAAGGUCUCACCUGGAAGUACUAUGCAAAGAAAAUUCUCUAUUUCCUACGGCAGCAGAAUAUAUUAAAGAACCUGAAGGAGUACCUGCAGCGCCCCACGGAGCGGCAGUCCUUCCUGGAGGGUGCUGUUUUGAUUGAUCAAUACUGUAACCCCCUGUCAGACAUCUGCCUGAAGAGUGUCCAGGCCCAGGUGGACGAUAUCACAGACAAAGUGCGCAAAGUGCUGCGGACCAAGAACCCCAGGCACCCCAGCUUGGCUUCCAAGGCAGGAGAGGUUCUCAUUCCAGAAGUGGAACUUCAGAGGCAGGUGCUUGAUGCCAUGAACUGUGUCCUGUAUGAGCAGCUGAAAUACAAAGGAAAUGAGCUGGAUUACUACAACUCCCUGAAUUCCUACAUUCACCAGGUUUUGAUCCGCAGGACAGGAAUUCCCAUCAGUUUGUCUGUGCUUUAUUUAACCAUUGCCAGGCAGUUGGGAGUCAAACUGGAGCCUGUCAACUUUCCCAGCCAUUUCCUGCUGCGAUGGUGUCAAGGGAAAGAAGGAAGCACAGAUAUUUUUGACUACACCUACAUCGAUGCCUUUGGGAAGGGGAAGCAGCUGACAGUGAAGGAGUGCGAGUACCUGAUCGGGCACCACGUGACAGAGGAGUUCUACGGGGUGGUGACCUCCAAGGAGGUCCUGCAGCGCAUGGUGGGGAACCUCCUGAACCUUGGCAAGAGAGAGAGCACUGACCAGUCCUACCAGCUCCUGAGAGACUCCCUGGACCUGUACCUGGCCAUGUACCCAGACAAUGUGCAGCACCUCAUGCUCCAGGCCAGGCUGUACUUCCACCUGGGAAUCUGGCCAGAAAAGGUGCUGGACAUCCUGCAGCACAUCCAGGCCCUGGACCCCUCCCAGCACGGGGCAGUGGGGUACCUGGUGCAGCACACCCUGGAGCACAUCAAGCGGCGCAAGGAGGAGGUGGACCCCGAGGUCAAGCAGCGCUCGGAUGAGAAGCACAAGGAGGUUUGCUUCUCCAUUGGGCUCAUCAUGAAACACAAGAGGUAUGGCUACAACUGUGUGAUUUAUGGCUGGGAUCCUGCCUGCAUGAUGGGGCACGAGUGGAUCCGGAAUAUGAACGUGCACAGCCUCCCCCACGGCCCCCACCAGCCCUUCUACAACGUCCUGGUGGAGGAUGGCUCCUGCAGAUAUGCUGCCCAAGAGAACCUGGAGUACAACUCUGAGCCCCGGGAGAUCCCUCACCCCGACAUCGGCCGCUAUUUCUCCGAGUUCACCGGCCUUCACUACCUGGCAAAUACCGAGCUGGAAUUUCGCUACCCGGAGGAUUUGGAGCUCACCCGAGCCACGGUGCAGAAGAUUUACAGCUCAGGCAAGGAGUGAGUGCCAAAGGCAGCCUGGGGACAGAAGCAGCUGGAGUGUAGCUUUACCCUCUUUGCAGAACUUGCGUGGGAAGCAAGUUUGGUGACAAUCCUUUGGCUUAAUGCAUUGAAAACUGCAUUGGACUUGGAAACUGGUGCUACAGCAUCUUCCCGUUGUCUGCCUGCCCAUCCUGGCCCAGAGGCACAGGGACACUUCGGUACUCGAGGCCCAGCAGGAGGACCUUGCAGGGACAGCUGUGCCAGGAGUGCUGUCCUUGGGAAGGAUCUGCACGUUCUGCUCCUUCUGUGGUGGCCGUAGAAGGUCAACAGAGUCAGAUCCUGGUGUGGAAUGUGGAGGAACCCCCUCUUCCAGAGAAGGAAGCUGCUUGUCCUGGCAGUAUUUUUGUCUGGCCGUGUCUGUCUGGUUUGGUUUGAGUGUCUGUCCUAUGCAGGCAAUAGUUUUUAAAGUCUCUCACGUUUCACUCUUUGUCUUCUCCGGUCUGAAUUUUUGGGUCAGGUAUUGCUUCACCUCUGUAGUCUGAUUGUUCCUAGAGCUACUGUUCCAAUCCUGAAUAUCCUUCUGGGCCUGGCAAUAUCCUUAUGGGCCUGGGAAGGAGCUCCAGCCACAAAACCAGCAGCAGUGAGGCUCGUGGGGUGGCGAGCAGUGCUGACCCGGAGCCAGCGGCCACCUCACCGACGCACAGACUCGGAAAGCAGAGGAGGAGCUCCUGGCCCUUCUCCAGCUCGUGUCCUGACCUUGUUUUUGGGUCUGUCCAUCAUGUGUGUCCAAGGUGGGAUCCAUGGCACAGCCAUGAGUGUUCCCAGGAGGAUUUGGAACCUUGUGGGGAUGUUUGGUGGGACCUUGAGGGCAGCACGGGAGUGACUUCGAAGGACACAGAGCUGCCACGAGCUGCCAAUUUUAUUUUCCAAUAGGUAUUUAUGCAAUACAGUGGAAUGAUGACUGGAACCUGGCCAUCUCUGGAGUCAGCCAAACCAUUAUGGAAGCAAGAUGUUAAUUCCUGCAGCUUGAGGCCUUCUUCAUUGUUGCCAAAAGAAAACUGAUUCUGGGGGAGCGCAGACUUGGCUGCCUGCAAGGGAAGAGCUUUAGCAGCUCGAGGCACAUGACUUUUAACCUUGACUUAAAGGCCCAGACAGAACCACUGCAGAAGGGGUUUCCCUCUGGGCUCUGGGGUGCAGAGUGACACAGUGUUUGUGCAUAUCUUUGUGGUUUCUGAAGCAAUGUGUGUAGAGUAGCUGCAGCUUGUGUCUCCUGUCACUGUCCACUUGCAGCACAGUAAUUCUUCUCUCUGAGCUGACAGUUAGGGCCCUGUAGAGGUAGGUGGAUGCUCUUUAGUCUCUUAUGCACUACAGGUAUCUCCACGUGGAAUCACAGCCCUCCUCUCCAGCAAUGCCUGCCCUGCAUGUCACCUCCUGCAACCCUGAGCACUGGUUUGCUGUGGAAAUAAAUGCUGAGAGCCCAGCACUUUGGUGGUGGUGGUCUGCAGGGGUCUGGGGCUCCAGGAAGAGCAGCCUGUGGGGGGAGAGUGAGGAGUGCUGAGGGGGCUUUGCUCCAAGCAGAACUCUGACUUUAAAGGGUCAGAAUCCCAGAGUGGUUUGGGCUGGAAGGGACCUUAAAGCUCCUCUUGUUCCAUGGGCAGAGGCACCUUCACUGUCCCAGGUCUGUGCCAACAGGGAUUUGGAGGGAGGGAGGAGUUUCCAUUGUGAGGCAGGGCAAGGAAUCCUCAGGCAAAAAUCCAUCUCUUCUUCUUGAGGGUUGGGGUAGACCCAGCCCUCCAGCAUGUUUUGAAAGCAGAUCCCAAAAGAUUCCUGCUGAGUGCUUCAGGGGUCCCAGGGCAGCCAGCAGGACCCUUCCUGUCCCUCUUUAGGGGCCACUGCUCACACCCUGAGAAGAGCCUGGCCCAGGAGGAAGUGUGGGAGCUGUUGCUCACCACAGACUGGUGUGGCCUGGGGCACAAAAGGGGACAGGCUUGGGCACUCAGGGCAGCCCAGCAGCCCUGGAGCUAAAUCCUCAUCCCUCUGGCAGGAGUUUUUGGAGGAGCUGUGACCUCAGCUUUGACAGCUCUGGGUGCUGCCCACAUCUAUACCUGGGCUAUGGGUGUUGGGGUCACCCAGAGCACCAACACAGCCUUGGAGGUGCCAAAUUUGGAAAAUACCCACACAACCUCAGCCCAGGGACCAAGUCAGAUGUUGGGAUUUGAGACAAACCCAAAGGGAAUGGUGACUUCACUUGGUUUCCCAUUUGGGAAGGGUGUCCCCACUGCCUCCAGUGCUGCUUGCUGGGUGGAGUCUUUGGUCUUGGUGAGGAGAAACUCCCCUGUGAGCACCUGCUGCUGUGGGAAACCUCAGCCCAGCAUCCAGGGGGCCAGGGAAAGAUGGAAACCCUCCAGGAUAUAUCCAGGGAAAGAUGGAGACCCUCCAGGAUAUAUCCAGGGAAAGAUGGAGACCCUCCAGGGUAUAUCCAGGGAAAGCUGGGAACCCCUCAGGGUAUAUCCAGGGUGGCCAGGGGAGGCUGGAGACUCCCCAGGAUGCCUCUGUGUCCAUGCUGGAGCAGCCUCUUGGAAUGCACCAAUGCACAUCCUCAGCCCAGCACUGUGGGAACACCUCUGUGGCACAGUGGGGUGACAUUUGGGGUUUGCCUGUGCCCCCUCCCCUCCUGGCACUGCAGCCCAGUCACCUUUUCCCCAAGAAGGCAGCAGUGGAUCCCAAAACUCCUGUGUCUGUGAGUGAUGUCUGGAUCCAUGGUGUCUGUCUUGGUGGUCCCUGGGGAUUUGUCCUGUCCUGUCUGUGUGGAGCUCUCCCAGGAAGGGUUGUGGGGCUUUCUGGAGAAGGUGGAAUCGCUUCCCUUGUCUCCCACCAGGUGCAAAGCCUGUGCAGUGCCAAAGUCCUUGGGAGCAGGGGGUGAAUUCCCUGCAGUUCAUGCCACGUUCUCCCUUUCCUGAACAGCCCCGGUGCUCUCGUGUUAAAAUCCAGAGGGUGAAGGAAAAAAUCCAGAAUGGGGGAAGGGGCAGGAAGUGAGAAGCACUCACUGUCUGGAUCAUAAGGAAAAGCCAGGCUGGUUCCAAGCUUUGCCACUGGAUGCUGGCACUCAGGG